AUGAAUUCGACGGCAGACGAGACCAGAGGUGGAAGACCUCAAAAAACCGGGGGCAAAGACCACAAAAAGUACUCCAUUUGUAAAGAACCUCUGAUAGAGCUGUCAAACCCUGGAGCGAGUAGUUCAUGGUUUUACUUAACCAGUGACGAUGAGUUCAUCAUAAAGACUGUGCAGCACAAAGAAGCUGAAUUUCUGCAGAAGCUGCUUCCAGGUUACUACAUGAAUCUGAAUCAGAACCCGAGGACCCUCUUACCGAAGUUUUACGGGCUGUACUGUAUUCAAUGUGGCGGCGUUAAUAUCCGAUUGGUGGUGAUGAACAAUAUCCUGCCUCGCUCUUUGAAAAUGCACUACAAGUAUGACUUAAAGGGCUCCACUUACAAACGCAGAGCGUCACGGAAGGAGCGCACCAAACCCUCCCCGACCUUUAAAGACCUGGACUUCCAGGAGAUGCACGAAGGUCUUUACUUUGAUGCAGACACGCACAACGCCUUGGUGAAGACUCUUCAGAGAGAUUGUCGGGUGCUGGAAAGCUUUAAAAUCAUGGACUACAGUUUGCUGCUGGGCAUCCAUGUUCUGGACAGGAAGCUGAGGGGGAGAGGCGGGAUAGGGGACAGUAAGCGUCAGGGUGGGCAGAAGGUCCUGUACUCCACAGCCCGCGAGUCCAUUCAAGGAGACGGCAAAGCAGCCGAGACUCUUCCUGAUGCCGAUGACGACACAUUGGGUGGCAUUCCUGCUAAACACAAAGACGAGAAGUUGCUGAUCUUUCUGGGGAUCAUUGAUAUCCUGCAGUCCUAUAGAUUUAUAAAGAAGGUUGAGCACUCGUGGAAAGCUCUUGUGCAUGAUGGCGACACAGUAUCUGUCCAUAGACCUAAUUUCUACGCUGACAGAUUCCUGAAGUUCAUGGGCACCACAGUAUUUAAAAAGAUUCACCCUCUCCGUGGUGCGUCCUCGAGAAAGAAGAAAAACUCUAUCCAGCCGUAUAGGUCGGCCUCACAGGAAGUUCUGUCGACUGUAAAAGAAGAGAGUCAAGAAGAGAGGAGGGCGCAAAGCCUGGAAAACCUCGAUGAUACAGAAACACACUCCUCUCAGAAACCUGAUGUUAUUCCAAGCUCCACCAGACUCAACGCGGCGAUUUCAGCCGCCACUAUGUCUUCUAAUUCCUCUCUAGAUGAUGUGAAGACUGAACCAGAAACCAGAGAUGAUCGUAGGACGUCCAGCUCGACUCUUGCAUUGGAGGAUAGCACUCUUCUUGCUUCAGACUCACAGGCGAGCACACCUGAGUCCGGUCUGGACGUCUACUUGUGAAGUGUGAGGCCUUCUGAAGUGGACCGGACCAUCCAAACAUGUACUAGAUGUAGAAACAGUGGACAUGCUGUCUCACCCGCCACAAUUUUGCACAACGGAUAUCUCUAGCUGCUAAUACACAUGGACUGAGAAAGGCCUUAUGUUUGAAACAAUGGCAGAGCGAUUGCCACACUAUAGUACUGCAGUGCCUUACACUGUCUGUGCACUUUGUACCUACUUGCAAGCACAAGUUUGUUGUAUAAUAAUAGUUACACUCCCAUUAGACCAGUGUGCUGUAACGGUCUCAUAAACACGCUGGUUGGUAUGCAUGUUAAAGGCAUGAUACCUGAUUAAAGCAUGUGUCAUACAAACAAAGAAAUAAGUUUAUUAUAUAAUAACACUGGUAUAAUUAUAUUGUGAGCACUCCUGACUUGUAUUGUGUGAGUAAUGAUUUCAUGUAAUCAUUACAGUACAGUGACUAGUACCAAAAGUUAGUAACAUUGUCAAUAGUGAGCAUGGAUUGAUUAUUAUGUCUGCUCAUGUGAUUUUGAUGCACAAUCAGCAUAAUAUAAUGACAUGGGGGUAUUAUAAUGGUAAAUGUUACUUUUUUGUCUAAAGAUUUACAUGGGUUUAGACGUUAAAUACCAUAAAUCUUUAAAAACGUUUUAUAAAAUGUAUUUAAAUUUAAAUGUAUUUUGAUUAGAGUAAUAUAUGAAUUAAAUGCGCUUUUAUGUAGAAUGUUUUUAGCUGCUAUUAUGCUAUUAAAUGCUGCAUCUUCAGAAGAA